AUGCCCUGGGGGGUUGGCUUCGCCUCGUCCAGGUCGUGCGUGGUGGAUCUCAGCCGGAACCAGAGCCUCUGGUGCGCGGGCUCCGACGAGCGCUUCUCCUUUUAUGGGGAGAUCAUCGCUUUCCCUCUGCAGGAUUACGGCGGGGUCAUGGCCGGGCUGGGGUCCGAUUCGUGGUGGAAGAAAACCCUCUAUCUGACCGGGGGAGCCUUGCUCGCCGCCGCCGCCUACCUGCUCCACGAGCUCCUGGCCAUCAGGUGAGAGGGGGGCGCCUCCGGGGGGUGUCUUUGGGGGGGAGAGAUGGAGAGCUAAGAGGUUCAAAAUAGCAGCAAGGGCACCCCUAGGGAGGAGGGUUGUUUUCCUAGGGUGGGGUGGGGGAUUCCUUGCUGGGUGGGGGAAGGGACGGGUUGGGAUCAGCCAUCAUGCAUCGAUCAAAUGGGUUCCAGGAUACCCGCAGAAAGAGAAGCUGCGCCUCCUUUGUUUCAAUGUGGACCAUCACAACUGCAGGCCCAAGUCUGAGCCCAAGGUCCAUCAACCCCGAAACCUGUUUUCAGUGCCAGUGCUCCUGUGAAAUGCUUGUCAUGGGCCUCUGAGCAUAUGUAGAGUGUUUUUAUGGCACUGAGUAAAUGCAGCCUGCAGCUGAGGGGUGGGGGGGCUUCCAGGUGCAAUUUCAGACAGGUUUCCAUGCCCCCCUCCCAUGAAUAAAGGUGAGUUUUAUAAUACGCUUCAAGCUGAUCAGGCCAUGCCAACUAUGUUUUAAGGUUAGGGGCUAAGGAAAAAUAAUAUCCCAAUAAUAAUAUAUACACAGCUCUUAAAUGCUAGCAGUUGAUGUGGACGCUUCGUAGGGGUGUGGUUUGUUGUGGGUUUCUUGCAAUGUGGUUAUUAUGGAGUACUUGACACACAGCCAAAUAAUACUGGUUGGGCAUACAGAAUAGUAGUCCCCAUGGGCAGCCUCCUGACAAAAAGGGCUUGCACUGGAGACUUCCUGGUGGGUUGUGCCAUUGCUUUAUAUGGCCCUCUCUACCCUAUUAUAGGUAUGUGUUUAUGCUGCAAAGCAUAUGAUAUGAGCACCAAAUAUGACAGAAAUGGGUGUAGAAAACGGAGAGGGGGAGAAUCAGAGCAGAAACUUCCGUGAACUCAUUUUCAUGUAUUGGAUAGCAACUCCAUUCAGUUGGGAUGCACCUUCUGUUAUCUCUGCUUCUGUUAUCAUUUUGAGUCAUAAUACGUCACCCUUACAAAACUGCUUACUGUGGGAUUUUUCCAUGGCACACAGCUGUCCAUUCCCUGCCCUCCACUAGUGUUUCACAUUUUAAACUCUAAAAGAUCAGUGUGUUGUCAGAGGGGCCAGAGGCAAAAGCGACUGAAGGAGCAAAUGUAAAUUUCACAUUGAUACACUAGGCUAGUUUCCAGGCAACCAAGGGGCAUUAUGGGAGUUCCACAAAACAUUUCAGCCAGGAAAAGACACUCAAGAGAGAUAUGAAGUAGGACUGGGGAAAGGCCCAAGGGCCAGACAGGGAAGCCUGAGGGGCUACAUUUGGCUCCCAGGCCUGCAGUUUCUUAUACCUGCACUAAGUCUUCGAGUUCCACCCAAACAUAGCAGUUCCACUAAAUAUCUGGUCAGCCUCUAACUUUCUGGGAAUGCUACUUCUUUGGGGAAGGUAUUAGGAGGUGGUAAUGGUGGGAUGAACCCAGACCCAAAAAACUUCCUGCUAGUCCCACUGCCAUAAAUAAAUCACCACAUCCUCCACACACCCCUCUCUCUUUUGCAAUUGGAGAAUCAGUUAGUGUAUCUCAUCUGAGACAUGUUUACAUUCUCCCACAGUUGCUGAAUUGUACCCCAAACCCUCCAAAACCAUCCCAGAUCUGUGAAGCCCCUUUCUUAUGUUCCCUUACCUUCAGACAUGAGGGUUUGUUGACAUAAAAGUCAAUAUAGAUGUGCCUACUGCUUCAAAAUGAUACCAUCUCCAUCUAUUUGCAAUGGUCUUCUUUCACUGUAGUGUAGCUUGCUGUAAAUGCCACAAGCAGCUUAAAAUGAGAUACCAGCAAUGUUUAGAUAAAUUAUGCAUCUGUGAUUGUCAUAGGCCAGAACCUGAAGUUAACAACUGGUGCCGUAGUUGGUCUUUAUUAUUCUUGUAAACUAUAUUAAAUAACUGCAGCUGUGAGUCCUGGCUGUCUUGGGACAGGACCUGGCAAACUAUUUCUCCUAUAGAUCUAGAUGAUAAGUAUGGAGUGGUGGUGAUGGAGGCAACAUCCAGAGAUUAUUGGGACAGAUUUAUUCUGGUAGACAAAGGAGCCAUCCUUGCACAAAACAGGAGUAAACAGAUUGAUAUCUGUGACAUCUGAGAACUGUUGCAAAUUGCCACGAGAGAAACAAGAACAAUUAAAGAUGGAAAUACAUGCCUUUAUGCUACAAUUUUGAGUAAGCUUGUAAAAUGAAUUAGGUGGAUUUAUCCUGAAUUGCUGUUUAUGCUGGCCUGAGUCAUCAGAGGAGAAGACUCUUGUAACACUCGUUAGUCAGUGCUCCAGAAAAUCAUUAGAGAUUUUGCUGUGGUUGCAAUCAGGAAAUGGAGCACUGUAGUAAUUUAUGCACUCAUUUAGGUCUUUGACACCAAGCAAGGCCAACAUCACCUAUCUGUUGCAGUAGAGAUGAGAGCAGAGUGUCACUCUACGCAAAAGUGAAAGCACCGGAUAAAGGAUUGUGCCCUUUAGGUUUCUUCUGGUUACUAAGCAAGGGGAGAGAUAACUUUGGCUCCCUAAAAAAAGUUCAACAACUCUGGUAAAUACAAUGCGUAGAUCACUGCCAGUUUUUUUAGUGGGAGUAGAUUGCAGUCUCUUAGAAGUUGGACACCCCUGAUCUAGGCCAACCCCCUACAGUGCAGGAAUAUGCAGCUGUGCUGUAUGGGGACUGAACCUGCAACCUUGGAGUUAUCAGCACCAUGGUCUCUAACCAACUGCGGUUAAAGACACUCAGCAAUUCUUUUUGUAGCAGGAGCUGGUAGAAGCUCAAAAGCACUGAGGAAGGCAAGUGGAGUGAGAUUUCUUCCUUAUUCCAAGGAUGAGGUAAACAGUGCUUCAGAGUAGUAGACACCAGUGUAGACACCCCCCACCCCAUCUCAGAGGAUGUUGAGCUUGCCACAGAUAAGACACAGGUAUCAAUCAGGAGAAGGGUGAAUGGGAAGAAAAAAGAGCCAGAGGGCAUUCUUGUUUCACUCUAAUCAACUUUGCAUUCUUUGUAACUAUAUUUACUGCAAUAAACAGCACAGUCUUAAGGCCAAUAUCUGUUCCCUGGCAUUAGUACAAUGAUGCUUUCUGCAGCUGAAGCUAGACUGGACUUUGUCUAUGGGAAAUUUUGAUAUCCGGACAUUGCAUUAAGAGCUCAACCUGUUGGAAUGGAAUUUUCUAAAAGUGCUGGGUCAGAGAUACUUGGGAUAGACACACAUAGUGAUGAACAAUUGUGUGUUAUGCAUCUAGUGGUAAGUAUAUUUGCAGGUGAACCUCUGGGGCCAGAGUUCAUGGUGAAGUCACUGGGUACCAAACUGAUGCCUGACAGCAAGUGGAAGGUUUACUGUAGCUUUGAUAAGGUCUCCUAGUUCAUGAAGAUCUGCCUUUGUGCUACACAAGGGAAGGACAUUGCCACUUAGUCCUAUGUAUCCUUACUGCCUUGUAGCUACGUUUUAUCCUCACUGUUCUUUUAAUGGUGUUUUUGGUUAUAUUUGUUCACCUCCCUGAUAUCUUUGAUGAUGGGUGACUUAUAAAUAUUAAUAAAAUAAAAAUAAAUAGGACCCCCACAUCAUACAGUUUAAAUAUGGGUUACAGACGCUUCAGGUUACAGACGCUUCAGGUUACAGACUCUGCUAACCCAGAAAUAGUAGCUCGGGUUAAGAACAUUGCUUCAGGAUGAGAACAGAAAUCGUGCGGUGGUGGUGUGGUGGCAGCGGGAGGCCCCAUUAGCUAAAGUGGUGCUUCAGGUUAAGAACUGACUCCAGAACGAAUUACCGUAUUUUUCACCCCAUAGGGCGCACCUAGGUUUUUUUUGGGGGGGGGGGGAAUAAAGAAUUUCCCCCCCCCCCAGGUGCGGGGCUGGGGCGGGGGAAGCCCGAGCUUCCCCUGACCCCAGCCCCCAGAACAGGCUGCUAUCCGCAAGCUGUGGGAGAGCUGCGCGACUUCGCACAGCUCUCCCAUGGCUAGCGGAGAGUUGCGCAAAGCCCGAAGCCUGGGGCGGGCUGAGCUCAGCGCGCCCCAAGCUUCUGGGUGCAGGCAAGCUCUCCGAUAGCCGUGGGAGAGCUGCGCGAAGCCUGGAGAGCGAGAGGGGUCAGUGCACACCGACCCCUCUCGCUCUCCAGGCUUCAGCGAAAGCCUGCAUUCGCCCCAUAGGACGCACACACAUUUCCCCUUCAUUUUUGGAGGGGGAAAAGUGCGCCCUAUAGGGCGAAAAAUAUGGCAAGUUCUUAACCCGAGGUACCGCUGUACCUAGAUUUUAUAACCCUUUAAUUCCAACCUGUUCCUUUCACCUACUUUUACGGUCUUCAAUAACUGAGUAUAGACCUGGGAUGAACAGACCAGAAGACUUGCAUUAGUUUAUUAAAACUUAUUUAAUAUAGAUCUACAUCGAGGUAGGUUAUUUAAGCCAACAAGUGUUGUUAAAUACGUGGUUACUUUUAGUGACCUUACAAAUUGUUGCUGUAAAGUUGUUAUUGUUGCUCAAUAUUCCCUUGUUCUCAUCACUGUGCAAAACCAAUAGCCAGUUCUCCCUUUCUCCUUCCCUGGUUAACUCAUGGGCUUCAGUUGCAAGUCUUCUCUGUGGUCAGGGUCUCACUGAAAAUAUAUACAGGAUUGUAAAAUAGCCUCUUAGCUGUUACUCACACUAGACUCCACCUCUUGCAACUACGGCUGCCGCUCCAAUAGAUUUGCUGCAGCUCUCAUCUCAAGUCUUCCUUCUGGUCAGCUACUCAGUGGCCAGGGCUCAUGCACAAUGAUGUCAGUUACCUCCUGAAGUAUUCCUGCAGCUGAGUGUCAGCUGCUGUCACUUUGACCAGUAAUUAUUCUGGAGAACUGAAACUGGAAUGCCCCCACACUGCCUUCCCUCUCUGUCUGCCUUUAGUGAUUCUCUGCUAACCUUCUGCCUCUUUCUAGUCUCUUCACUCUCUGACCAACUGUUCUCUCAUGAUUGGCUCCAUACAGGGCAGUCUUUCCUUUCCCUUUUCCCUUUCCCUUCUUCUGUUCCCUUCCUCCACUCCUGCCAGAAUCCUCUGAGCAAUCUUCAGAGUUCUCUCUGCACUUCUGAAUCCCCAUUAGCCUAUAAACGUGAGGACGAAUGAUCUUUGAAUAGAUGGUCUGCUAAAGAAACUAUGACAAUUUGACCCUUUUCAAUUCUCCUGACCCAUAUAACAGCAAGAUUCUUUUGUUAACUGAAGCCUUGCAAGUAUGUAACAAAAAACACAAUAUUUUGAAACUGUUAUUGGCCUAACCAUUUCUUAGCAGACUGCCUGCUGAACCCAAGCACUUUGUGUUUUUCCUGGCUUUCUGGACAGGAGCCGGAGGCCAGAUUCUUUCUUCUCAUCCUGCCCCAAUUGAUGCAGUGGACAAUUUUCAUCCAAACAGUAUGCAUAUCACAACAAUAUUAUUGUAUUUGGACUUUACCUUAACUGUGAAGUUUCUUCACAGAGCUACUGUCAGGUUGACUUUGGUAAAGUAUAUGAAAUCCUGUAAGAGAUUAGGAGAAGCACAGUAAUAAAUACUGUUGUUGUCAUAGGACUAGCUGUGACUAGCUUUGUCUAACAGUGACUAGUUGUCAUAGGACUAGCUUUGAGUUGUGUGGGACAAAGGCUCAUAGUAAGAGUUUAAUUCUAUCAAUCUCUUCAUAUAGGGUGCCUCAUAGCAACUGAAGCCCCCUAUAACCAGAAUUCCUUUUGGGUUAUCCAGCUUUUAUAUAUCCACAAGUUUUAUAUGUAUCCCAUCUCAUUAAAAUCAAUGGGAUUAUAGAAUGUGGAAAUCUGAUUAGCACCACUGAGGGAAAUAAUCUAUGAAAACAAAGGAUUUGCUGAUCUGCAUGUUUUAGUUUUCAUGAAUUAACAAGGUUUUCGUAUCAUUUUAAUGCAUGUGGCAGAUGCCCAACCAAAGUGGGUGGGUGUUGUACAUUAUAUUCAGGGCUCCAUGUGUUUUAUUUAUUUUAAAAUUCAAAAUAGCCACAUACAGGAACUUUGUCUGUAUGCAUUUUACUUACUAAGUACACUUGCAUAUACCUGCAUAACUUCUGUUCACUUGUAGGACAGGCAAAGAGCUGUGCAAGGCACUGGGGCCACAUUAUCUUGGCCACUACUUCCCCUGCCCUCUGCCAGUGUCUUAAGUAGCCCUGCCAUGUGGCAGACUUGGGGCAGCAUUGAAAAAAUUAGUUCCAUUAGCACAAGGAUUUCCGUUUGCUGAAUGGAACUUCCUCUUCCUGUGUUCUUCCUUUUUGCUCUGGUUCCUCCCCCACCCCUUUGGAGCAGAUUUGUGUGGGCAAGCAGGGCAAUGAGAGGGAGGGGAAGAUCAAUUGCACAAAUGGAAAUCCUUAUGUUGACAGAACUACUUUUCUGGACACCGCUUUCAGGCAGUGGACCUCAUGCACCAUUAAGCCUGGGGGCUGUGUGAGUGGGUGGACGUGUGCAUUGCACACCUGUUUCCUAGAGUGGUUGUUCUAAGGUGGCGCCAUAUUGGACAAUGGCGCCAUAUUGGACAAGGUGGCACCACCCUAAAGCAAUCACUCUAGGAAUCCUGCUCUUGCUGAUGCUCCUGGGACUAGGAUAGGGGAUGAAGGCAAAGGUGGAGGCAACAGAUCACAUUGAAGAGCCAGAAUGGUGUAGUGCUGAGAUUGUCAGACUAGGACCAGGGAAACCCAGGUUUGAAUCCUUACUCAGCUAUAAAGUUUACUAGAAGAUACAGGGCCAGUCACUAUCUCUCAGCCGCUAGGCUGAUUCAUAGGGUGUUGUGAGAGUAAAAUUGACUGAGGAAGAACCAUGUAUGCCAUCCUUAUGUAAGAAAUACCUUUGUAAAUAUUUGCACCCUAGGGUUCUGGGACUUUUAACCAAAUCUGUUUCAGCAAUCUUAGUGGACUGAACCUUGCUUUUAAUAUAGAAGUAAACUGAUAUUCUCAGGAUGUUAACUUCCUUGGUCAAUACUAAAUGUCCUGCUUGCUGACAUUGGGAUUUCAGAAUAUACACAAGCCUGGUUAUAUUUAUUCUGAAAUGGUUCCUCAUAGGCAUAGAAAAAAUUAAGUUGAUCGUUGGAUUGACUUGACUGAGUUUAUUUGAAAUAAUGAUGGUGGGGUGGAGAGAAAGAGUAUUUAUCUCACCAUGAGGACUAUAAGCUUGCUUCAAAAGAAAAAAAGGGACUUCUCAACAUUCUAACUUCAAAGGCUUUUGCCAAGUACUUUGGGUCCAUGGCUAUAUGGUAUCUUCUCCUACAACGUGCUAAAAGUACCAUGCUAAUUUUAGUAUAGCAUAAUGUCCUGAUGAUUUUAAAGUAAUACUCAGCAGCAUUAGAUAUGAACUAAUAAUAAAUCAAGGCUUAUGUUUACUAUCAAGGCAGUUUCUGGACAAGAUGGCAUCCCUACAUGUAACGCUUUCAUCAUAACUAUGAAUAUGGUCAUUUGUGUGUAUAUGAAUUUAACUGUGGAAGGUUUUAGAUAUUUUGAAUAUUGAAUCAUCUUGACUUGGCUUAUUUUGCCCUUGCAGUCCAAAGUGCUUCUUAGUGACUUAAAGCUUAAUGAAUACAAAAUAGUGGCAGCCUAUUGAAUGACAUAAGGAAAGUUUGCCUCAGCAGUUGCAUUGUGCUUUGCAAGUUUGACAUAUUGAUGCUGUAUGACGCAUGAUGGAUUCUGUUUUGUAAAACUUACUCGCUUGUUUUGCUUAUAGGAAAGAGCAAGAGGUUGAUUCAAAAGAUGCUAUUAUACUGCAUCAGUUUUCAAGGCCAAACAAUGGUAUUCCGAGUUUAUCUCCUUUCUGUUUGAAAAUGGAGACUUACUUAAGGAUGGCUGAUUUGCCCUACCAGGUAAACUUGUGCAUGUUAUGUUACUUUGGCUACUUACAGGCGCAUGAUGCCACCUAUUAUAGGACCAUAUGCCUCGCCUAGAGAAUAGGUGUAUUGGUCUGUUCUAAUGAGAAAAGAGUCCCGUGGUACAGUCAUUGCAGAACAGUACCACCUCAUGAUGCAAGUUUUUAGGCAGCUUGUUGGAAAACUCUCCCAUAUUGCACUCUUGGUGGAAAGCUUAAACAUGGGAACACAUAACUCUUUACAAGUAAGCUUUGACAUGUGUGUAGUAGACAGGUUUGUGGGUGGGACUGCUUUCAAAAAACGAUCCUUGUAUAUAAAUGAUGUAGUACAGUCACGCCAGAGUUCUGUACCAUGUGAUUGCCUCCUUCUUUAAUCAAUUAUUCUUAGGGUUGCCUUCUGAUUAAGGUGACAUUUACUUGAUUGAACAUGUUAAUUUUAAUAAAUAGAUAAAUAUAUUAGGUAUGUCCAAAAAAAUAACAAUUCUGAUUUUUAAAAAAUCAUAGCUUAACACCGAAUUUCAAUCUAUCUCUACCAUUUACACACACACACACACACACACACACACACACUUUUGUGUUUUUCUGACUCUUCAUGGUUCUUGCUGCUUCCAAAAUUCACCGAGAUGAAGACUCCACUACCCCUUGCUAAGAAAGUAACAGCCAUAGGAGUGUAAGGCUGCAUAGCUAUCUCACACAUUCCUUACCUUAUCCAGUGAGCAACCCAAAGUCCAAGAGAGCAGUAUGCCUCUGGAUUGAAUUUUCACAAAGACAAGUGGAACAGCCCAGGGGGACCAGGUCAGAAGAGCAUUUCUAGAGUAGAAUAUCCCUUUUUAGGAAGCAGAUGAACAUAGGAACAAGCCAUUGCUGGGGACUGAACUUGGGACAUUUUACAUGCACAGCAUAUUUGCUGCCAUUGAACUACUAUCCCUAAGUUUGCUUUAAAACAUGCAGAAUCGCAGUGGGAUCUGCCACAUAAUUUUGCUGUGUGGAGUGCUCCUGUUUAAUCCUGUGGUGCCCAUGAGCCAUGCUGCCCCCAGAUAUUCCCUUCUGCCUCUGUCAAAGACACCCAGCAUUUCAUGGUCAUUGAGAAUGCUCUUUUCAGGGUGUCGGGUGUAUCCCCAUUCUUUAGUUCCCCCCACCUUCUGAAAACCGGGAAGUGGGGGAUGUUUCCCCUGAGCCUGCUGCUACUUCCCCCUUGUAAACGGGUGAUGCGAUUUUGGCUACGUAAGCGCUGUCACUUGCCUCUGUACACUGGAAAUAGAGGGAGUUGUUCAGGUUUGCUUAGGGACUGCCUGAACACCUGCCUGGUGGUGUUAAUACAUUUUGUACCUGACAUUUGCAAUUCCAUGUGGAAGGGAAAGCAACUGCUAUUAAAAAACAAGUAUUUCUUGGGUAUAUCCUGAUUAUACUGAAGUUUGUCUUGUCACAUCCCUCACUAUUUUUGUCAAGGAACAGAUUCAGGCAGAAGCUUUUAUUAUUGUUGUACUUUCAGUAGAUUGGGAGCCAACUGUUGUCUUAACUCGGUGAGGUCCAUACAUGCGCAGAAGAGGUUCCCUCUCUUGCACGGCCUGCUGGAACCUGCCCGCCCAAUGGUGCCAUGCACAUGUGCCAGGCUUGUGUCAUUCCCACUGCUACAUGUGACAAGAACAUAGAAACCAUAUUGUUUUGGCAUAUUGGCAAAGGGUUGUAACGAACGACUGCUAUUAUUAGCCAUGUGAAUUUUACAGCCCAUUUUGAACUGGAUUCCCCACCCCCAAAUUUAUUUAUUUUUUCUGCUACCCUCCACAGAUUUGAUGUCUUUUAGCAGGUUUAUUUGACUUUAUUUCCCAUGUAACUAAAAGUAGAAUUGUUAUAUUUGAUUAGGGGAUCAAUAAAACACUUCAUAUGGUUUAAAUGUUAAUUUGUUAAAAAUAAUUCCCAUGUAAAGGUGGGUUGUUGGUUUUUUUUUGAGUACUUGUAAAUAUGUGAUAGUGAGAGGGAGAGGAGAAACAUGUAGUGUUGCUGGAAGGGAAGGUGAGAUAUAAUAUAAUGACUCGAUUGCACACUCUUUGCUUAUGUUGUUUAGAUAUUAAGGGGGUGGGAGAAAUGAAGGCAAUCAAAACAUAUCAGGCCUGAAGAAUUGUUCUCAUGAAUGUGCUUUCUAGGAUUAGACUCAUGAGAAGAAGUUAAUUGCAGCUUUGAUUUUAGAUUUGACUGGUUUUGUCUCCAUUCCAAUUGCUCAAUUUGACUAGCAUUAUGUUGGUUCAUUAUGUUACUAAUUAAAUUUGUGAAGCAAUGGAUUUCUAAAAGUAGAGAAUGAUUUACAUAAAAAUGUAGCAGCAGAGGGGUUUUUUUGUUUUAAAAAACAUAAUUUUAAAAAGCAUAACCCAUCUUGGAAAAUUCCAACCAAACAUUUUUCAUUUUUUCUACCCAACAUCACUGGGUGUUAUGCUUGCCUAUCAUCUAUCUAUCUAUCUAUCUAUCUAUCUAUCUAUCAUCUAUCUAUCAUGUCAUCACCAUUAUUAACUACUUGAUGGGCUCUGUAUGUUGCCUGCCUUUCUUGUUCUUCCUUUGCUGUUUCACCUGCCUUUAACCCUCUGCCACCUUCUUGUACUGAGCCAUAUUCAAAUGGGAAUGGGAAGGCAGAUGUUUGACAUGCAGAAAGAAUUGGUUACCCAUAUUGGAACACUUGAAAGAAUAAGGGCUAGAUAUGGGUUGCAAUUGAAUCCUUCCACCCUCAGUCUAGCCAUCUGUCUUUAUUGGACUUGCCAAGGGAUUAAAGUUGGUGGUAGAGUUUCACAUGCACCCACACCGAGUCUGAAAAAUCCAGCUGAGGGUUAUCUCACUUUUUGCAAUUUUGCCUGUUACCUAGUUUUGGUCUAGAAAUGUCCAAAAUUGUAGGCUGGUUCAGGAGAUGGGCAUGCAUACCUACACAGGUCUAGUGAGCGCAUUACAGUUUGGAAUAGAGAGGUGCCAAAUUUACCUUUAAAGCAUGUUUCUGACUCUAGAAAUGAGGCAUCUGUGAUUUCUUCUGCCCAGUCACACAUCCCUGUCUGCUCUUGUUGUCCUUCUCUGUUGCUCAGCUCAAGCUACACUUGAGAGUCCCCCUGCAGCAAAUUUUCCUGCGGGCAGAGAAUGAAAGCAUAAAAGGUAGAUAAAACACCUCACCAUUCAUUCGGGAGCAGACAUAAUGCUUGGUUGUGACCUGUUGGUUUGUUGUUGACUUAGCAAUAGAGUCUGAAUUACUGAUUUGUGAUUGUUGUGUUAUUAUUAUUAUUUUUUAAAUGUGUGUUUGAUUUCUCCCCCUGUUUUUGUUUUGGUACUUCUUUUCUUAGAACUACUUUGAUGGAAAACUUUCCCCUCAAGGGAAAAUGCCGUGGAUUGAAUACAAUUGCAAAAAAGUGUCCGGCACAGAAUUCAUUAUUGAUUUUCUGGAAGAGAAGCUUGGAGUCAAUUUAAACAAACAUCUUGGCCCACAUGAAAGAGCUGUUUCUAGAGCUGUUACAAAAAUGGUGGAGGAGCACUUUUACUGGUAAGUUGCCAUGGAUAUUAGAUGCUCUCUGAUGAUUUCAGAUGUGGUAGCACACUUGUUAGACCCAAUUCUCUUUUCUUUCUUCUAGUUAUAUUAGCAUUGUUUUUCUGCUUACUCACGCCACCCGAAAAGAUUCCAUUCACCCCAAAAGACAAGAGGGCACAGAUUUGCAUAAACUUUGCACAUCAGGGGUGCCAACCUGAAUAAAACAUUUGGGAUGGGGCAGGUAAGUCCUGCCCCACAUAAUUGAUCACAAGAUGUGGUGCACACACCAUUUGAAUGGCAAUGCUCAUCAACUUUGAAGGAGCCUGGCAAUAUCUAUGUCUGCAUAGAAAUAUAGGGCUGCAGCCUCUGUUCAUCUCUCUUUAAUUUUGAUGGCAAGCCUGCCCAUUCCCAAGGGCUACAGCAGUUGCCCAAAGUGGUUUUCUGGCCUCCUAAGGCUUUCAGUCUAAUCAAUCAGCUAUAAGGCAACAAGUAGGAAGGAACAAAAUGAAGGGAUUAUCCAAAAUUGAAAUACAGAUAAUAAAGGUGCCUGAAAAUACACAGUCUCAUCUACUUCCAUUUCCUUGCACCUAGGCUUAUUCUCUUGUUGUUGACUCAUCAAGUCAACAAAUGCCUCCCAUGCACCCCAGGGAGAACAACACUGACUUGGAGGAUUUAUGAUAAUGGAAAAAGCACAGUUAGAAUGCCAUAGAGAGAUUUCAUGUUCUUAGACAUUCAAUGUUUGCUUCCAUAAUAAGUCAGUAAAAGCCAGCUGCUUCACCUCCCUAAUCAAAGGCAGGAUUCUUCACGCAGCAGUCUGUUUUAAGCCAUUUUCUGAAUUAACUUAUGCUACCCCAUAUUAUAUUUUACAUUCGAUUCAUGUUAUUCAACUUGUCCACUUCAGUACAUUUAGUUUAGAAUUGUACCAUCUAGAUAUGCCCGCAAAGCCUCCCGAAUUUCAAGAAAUUUCCCCAAAGAUUCUGUAUGGUUUUGGGCCAUUUCAAAACAGCUGACACCACACAAUAGCAAUGUGCUUGGAGAUGCAAGGAGCAUGUGCUGAAGGUAAACAGUGCAUUUCUGAAGUCAAAUGGGUUCUGGCCCUGUAAGCUGCCUGGAUGGGAUUGCAGUCCCGAUAGAUUGCAGUCCAAGGUGCUUUGAGCUCCUUCAUAGUUGCCACUGUCAUCAUCAGCAUCAAUGCCUGCUUACCCCAUAUACUCAUUGUAUACAAGGAAGAAUUCCUGAUGGAAUGUUGCCUGUCAAGAAAGAAAGGUCCAAGAGCUCCCUCUAAAAUAGGCACCCAUUGUUAUCUGUUACUAGAAAUAUUGGAAGCAGCCUUAUACUGAAUCAGAUCAUUGGUCAGAUCAAUUUUGUCUACACCGACUGGCAACAGCUACACAGGGUUUCAGACAGGGGGCAUUCCCAGACCUGUCUGGAGAUGCUGGGGAAUUGAAAUGAUUAAAAUUAUACUUGGUUUUUCCUUCUCAGCAAUAAAGGUGCAGGACAGAGGAGAUGAAGCUGGGAGAGUUCCUCCCUUCCAUUACAUUCCUCUUCAACCACUGUUUUGUUAUUUCCUUUAAAGUACUGCUAUUGAUGUCGUCUCUCUCUUGUUCCAUUUCAGCAAGUAGUUUAGCUUGAUAAAUAAUUAAGGGUUGGAUCCACAAAAGACUUUUGCUGUGCUGGCGUGACUCUCUCUUUUUUCCUCCUCCUCCUCCUCCUCCUCCUCCUCCUCCUCCUCCUCCUCCUCCUUUCCAACCCUCCCCAACUCAGCUUCUGCAGCUGAGCUCUGGCAACCCAGAGUGCUUCCCAACGCACAUUCGCCCUGAUUUCUUUGCAGGGAGAUUAGACUGUGUUGGCUAUUGAAUGAGCAUGCAUUCUGUUUUGAUUAUGGGGAGGUUAGAUGAUGUUGUGUCAUCCCACGCUUAAAACAAGCAAACAAAUAUUUUUGGAAGGUUUUUCAUAUUUCAGCGUGUAUACAUACACAUUGACUGCAGAAUAGCUUGUGAUAUUAUAAAAGUAUAUCCAAAACUAAAUACUAAGCAAAAGAACCCAAACAAUCAGGGAGGGGAAAGAAAUAAAUAUAAUAAACAUGUCAUCCUUGAACAAUGCAUCUUGAUCUAUAGAAGGCAUAAAAAAAACAGUAGUGAAUGCUGAACAUUUCAGAUUUGCAUUCAGGGAGAUUAGGCAACAUUGGCAACUGAAAGCAAGUGUUAUCCCAUCGUCCUAUUGCGUUCCUCAUUUCAAAAAAGUUUAAUCUUUUGGGGAAGCUAGUUGUUGCACCAACAACCUCCUAAUCAACUGUCAUUGUGCAACCUGAAUUUGCCCCUAGGUGACUGAAUACCCCCCCCUCCGAAGUAGUGACAAUCUGGAAGCACUCCUGGUCACAGAACACCUGGUGUGGGAGCUGAGAGGCACUAGCAGUGAUUUCAGGACUGCUAUCUGGGGCUCCGAAGAAGAUGCCCAGGCAUGGCUCUCUUACAUAUGUUGCAGAUGGGUACUCAUACAAGACCUUUGUAUAUAAGACCUAAAAUGGCAUUUGUUUUGCUCAUUCUGUGUGUAUCUGUUUUUUUAAAAAAUAAUAUGGAUAAUGACAACAACAACAACAGCCCAUCUGGCUGGGUUUCCGCAGCCACUCUGGGCAGCUUGCAGCAUAUCUAAAAACAUAAUAAAAACAUAAAGCAUUAAAUAAUAAUAAUAAUAAUAAUAAUAAUAAUAAUAAUAUUUAUACCCCACCCAUCUAGCUGGGUUUCCCCAGCCACUCUGGAUGGCUCCUAACAGAACAUUAAAAACAGAAUAAAACUUCAAAUAUUAAAAACCUCUCAAUACAGGGCUACCUUCAGAUGUCUUCUAAAUGUUAUGUAAUUCUCCUUGGCAAUUUCUUCUCCUUGAUCAAUUUCUGCAUAGUGUUGAAUGAUUUCUGUCAAUGUUACUGGGGAGCCCCUGGCAGUUCUGACUGUUUUCUGUGAGCUUUAUAGGCACUUGGAACUUCCCAAAGCCAGUUGGCUGAAGUGAGAACUGUGUGCUAAAAGCACCUUGCUGGCACACUUGGCAUCUUUUCAGGGAAGGGGACCAGAUUUGUUUGUGUGAUCUAACUGGAAAGCUUCCUUUCCACCCCACAGUGGGGUCACCCAAGGCCACCCUCUGUCAUUUUAGGAAAAGCUUCACCAAUCUGGUGCCUUCCAGAUGUUUUGGAUGACAACUCCCAUCAGUCCCAGUCAGUGUGGUCUUUGCAUGCAGAAGCUCUCAGGUUUUGUCCCCAGUGUCUCCAGGUAGGGCUGGGAGAAACAACUGCCUGAAAUCCUGGGCAACUGCUGAUGGCCGUUGUAAGACAGUAGUGAGCUAAAUGCUCUGGCUCAGUUUAAGGCAGCUUCCUGUGCUCUUACGCUGGUGGGGCUUGUGGUCCAAAAUAUCUGGAGGGCAUUUGGUUGGUAAAAGCUGCAUUAGGGUAAUGGUGAAGCUCAACUUUGUUCAAAAGCCAGCAUGAGGAGGCAAAGGAAGAGAGCCGGUAGACAGGCUCUGUAGGGUAAACGACCUGAAUUGACACCACUUAGAAAGUAUUUCUGGGUUUAUAAAUAUUUCAUUCUGAACCUUGCUGAAAAACUACUGCGCCUAGCUUUGAGAGCAUUGUUGAUCUCUUGCUCUUUUAAAGUUGUGAUUUGCUCUGCUACCCGGAAUAGUCCUGAGAAAGAGGCGAGGGCUGGGGCUAGGUGGGUGGGUAUGGGACACGCAAGCGCAAAGCCUGUCUUGGUAGCUUCCUUGCAUGUUUAGCUUUUGGAAGUCUCUGUUAAUAUACUGUGUUGACAAGUGCAUCUCCGGUUCCAGCUGCAUGCAGUCCUCUUGAAAGGGGAAUAUUCAAGUGUCGCUGAGAGAAGUAAUUAACAGUCCCAUUAAACGUGGCUUUCACACUCAAACAAGCAUUGCUAUAGAACAUUAUUAUUAAUCCACAAGGCAGUCCUUUGUUUCAAAAAUGUCUGCAGUCACUACUUUGUAAUUACUGGCAUCAUCAUCGCCUAGGCCGAAGGGUUAGAUGGGACUAAAAUGCCACCUGGUGCAACUUGCUGCUGGGAGGUAGGGCCACUCAUACACCAACCCACAAAACGGUCUUUCCAAAUCACAAUAUGCCACUGCAUACAUUGCAAAUAGCUCCAGAGGCCUCAGAAGAGUAAGCCAUGUACGGAAAAGCAAAAGCACCUGAGAUACUAGCCUGUGAGAGCACUAGCCAAUUGCUCAUACCCAAGCUUCAGAAAAACUUGAUUCUUUCAAGAUAAUUAUGGGCAUUUUGUGGAAAGGAAAGUGUAAAAAUGUUUUAAAUACAGUAUUACUGAGGUGGAAGCCCGUGUGUGUGUGUGUGUGUGUGUGUGUGUGUGUGUGUGUGAUUAUUACUACUAAUAAUCUGCUACUUUUAAAAAGUAGUAGAUUAUUAUUAGUAGUAAAAAUUUUAAAAAUAAGAGUUUGAAAGAAGUUUGAUAAUUAUACUGUCAUCCUUCUCUUCAUAGUAGAUCUGGCUGGGUGGUGAAAUGGUGCUCCCCCUCACCCCAAAGCAGCAUUUCUCUGUUUCAGUGUAGCACAAAAGAAGUUUGGGGAAUCUACUGCCUCAAUGAAGCCUGUUCUUCCUAUUAUCCGUGUUUAUCAGCUUCCGUUUUGGUUUGGUCGAGAGAAGUGUGUUUAUGUUCCUCACAGCUAUAAACGUUUUUUUCCCCCUCACCACAUUCUAGGACCUUAGCAUAUUGCCAGUGGGUGGACAAUCUCCAUGAGACUCAGAAGAUGCUUUCCUUUACUGGUCCUUUUAGUGACCUGCUGAAGUGGAUUCUCUGCCAUAUAACGAAAGGAAUAGUGAGGCGGGAAAUGUAUGGCCAUGGCAUCGGCCGCUUCUCUGAGGAAGAGAUCUAUAAGCUGAUGGAGAAAGACAUGCGCUCUCUGGCAGGUCUUCUGGGUAAUGUACAGUGCCUUUCAUUACAUUACAUUAUAUUGAAAAUGCAUUAUCACUUGUUUUGAUAGACUAUUCCAACCACUUUCAUCUUAUGCAUAGUUUAGGUAUAUGCCUCAUGAAUGUGUUAAAUUAUCUCCCCCACAAUCCAAAUUGCACACGCUUCAGAAAUUCAGCCACCGUGAGAUGCUUUCAUAUGCCAACUUACAUUUUAUUUAGUUGCGUUGAUUUUAGAGAUUAAUUUCUCAUUAUGCACAGUCUUGGCUAUUCAACUCUGAUUCUGCGUAAGAGUAAUUUUGUGUUGAAAGGAAACCUGCAGAGCUGGUGUCAUUGAAGACUUGGCUCAGCAUUCUAGGAUUCAGACAUGUUUUCGGGAAUGCACCAUGAUUCAUUCAAAUUCUCUGCAAUAAUUAAAUAUACCGGCACUAUGGAUCACCUAAAAUGACUGCACACAUUUCCACUCCACAGUAAUGCACACAUAGAGUUCCCUUGCGAGUGAGCAUCCUCAUUUGCCUCUGCAAUGAUGACUCUGAUUCAGGGGGUAUGGAACCUUUGUCGGCCCCAACAUCACAAUUCUCUGGGGGCAACCUUUUGGAGGCCAGAUGCCUAUGGCAUGAAGGCCAGGCAGUGGUGUAGUAUGUGGGGGGGCUGGUGCCCCGGGCGCACAAUAGGGGGGCACAAACCAGGUGCACUUACAGAGAUUCCUGUUGUGCCCUGCCGGUGGUGGGGGCUGGAGAGCACGAAGGGUGAAGAUAACCCUCCAUGUGUCUCAUCCAGCACCCAAGCGCUUGCCUGUUGGUGGUAGGGGCUGGGGGGUGCCUGCCUGGUGGGGUCCAAGGUGAGGGCUGAACAAGCACACUCCGCAUCUGCCCUGGGCACUGGCGAGAAGCCCUACACCCCUGGGGCCAGAGGCAAGAAGUGGAGAGAGCAAUGGGUCUUGCCUUUGUGUAAUAGGCUGACUCUUGCCUUUGUGUAAUAGGCUGCUUGUGUAGUAGCUGAGGCCCCCCACCCCUGUGCUAAAUGAGCACUGUGGGCUUAUCUUAUUCUUUGGGGGAAAUUGUCUAUCACUGCUAACGCACAAAACUCCUUGGUCAUAUUGCAGUAGUCCUCAAAUGCAGGCUUAUAUACAGUAUGAACUCUAACACACUCUUCCUUUUGAUGCAUUAAUUGGCUGAAAUAUCCCUGCAGUGACAUGGCAAUGCCAUUCUACAAUCAUUGAAAUUUGUGCCUGGUGAUUUGUGAUUUAAAAGCUCAACUGCUGAGCUUAAUGCUUUGAAGAUAAUAGCAGGAUGUCAGCAGUAUGUGAGUUGGGAGGGGAGAAAUAAAUAAAUACCCACAGGCUUAAAAAAAGAAAGAAAUGCUUUUGGCUUUGUUUUGUAGGUGACAAGAAGUACAUCAUGGGGCCCAAACUUUCCACUUUAGAUGCUACAGUCUUUGGACAUCUAGCACAGGCAAUGUGGACGCUGCCAGGAACUAGGCCGGAGAGACUAAUUAAAGGUAGGGGCUUCUUUAAUUCCUGCAUUAUGGAUUUGAAGGCAUUGUCUGAUAGUGAAUGGAAAGGACCUGUUUGCAAUCUGAUCCAAGGCCUAUUCAUGCAAUUCAGGAAUUUGCAACUGCCCCAUAUGAGGAUCAAACUUGCAACCUUGCCAUUAGCAACAUGCUCUAACCAACUGAGCUAUCCAAGCUAAGUGACUGCAGUUAGCUCACCCUUCAGAUUUUUGACCAAGACAGGGAAGUCAGAAGGUAGAGCUGGGAUGGUGAACACUGUCAGGAAGGUGGAGCCAGGAGGCAUAGUUCUUUGCUGAAGGGGCUAAGUGUGCAUGGGACUUCUGACUUCAGGCAAAACCUAUGGUCUAAGAUCAGAGUUUUAAAUGUCAAACUAAUAUAUAUCACCCUCUCACAAAACAUCUGGAUGAUGAAUGGCAACAUAAAAAGCAAACAAACUAUAAAGACAAUAGAGAACAAUCUGUAAAUGUCAGGCUAAAAUUUCCUUGAGUAAACAACUGCAUAGGUAUGUAGGCAUAAAAUGGUCUUCAAGUGAUGUCUGAAAGUAAAAAGCAAGGAUACCUGCCAAAUCUCUGGUAGAAGAGCAUCAGACUGGUGAUAUUAAAUGCCUGACUUCUGAUUGAGGCCAGCUGUGUCUCUGCUGUUCGAUCCUAGCAUCUUGAUUUAAGUUUCAGUUCAUUACCUCUCAUCCAGUCCAUGACUGCAUCUAGGCAGGCACAAGUUUAGCCAUGCGCAACCUCUCCUGAUUCAGAUGCUACAGUGAAAUAGACCUGGGCAUCCUCAGUGUGCUGGUGACACCUUGCUCUAGGUCUCCCCAUGACUGCCUCCAGUGGCUUCAUAUAGAUAUUAAAUAGCAUUGUGUACCCUUUCGUACCCCACAGAUUAGCUGCCAGAGGGCUGAGGUAUAGUCUCCCAAUAUUACCUAAUGCUACUGUCUGGAACUGACCCCAGAAGUAGAAAAGAAACCACUAUAAAAUGGUACCCCCAACUCCCUGAAGUGCUCCAGGAUGUUAUGGUGAUCAGUGGCUGAAAGAUCAAGGAGAAUCAACAGGGUCGCACUGCCCCUCUCAAAUUCUCAUUUCUCAGGGUGGCCAAAGCUGCUUUUGGUACCCAACUGGAUCUCAACCCAGACUAGAAUGGGCCAAGAUAAUCAGUUUUGUCAAAGAGCAUCUGUAGCUGAACUGUCCCAAAGCAAUAAAAUAAUAAUAAUAAUAAUAAUAAUAAUAAUAAUAAUAAUAAUAUUUAAUAAAAAUAAAAAAAUAAAUAAAAAUACACCCCACCCAUUUGGCUGGGUUUCCCUAGCCACUCUGGGCAGCUUCCAACAAAAGUUUAAAAAUACAUUAAAAUAUCAGUCAUUCAAAACUUCCCUAAACAGGGCUGCCUUCUGGUGUCUUCUAAAAGUCAGAUACAGUGGUACCUUGGGUUACAGAUGCUUCAGGUUACAGACUCUUCAGGUUACAGACUCCGCUAACCCAGAAAUAGUACCUCGGGUUAAGAACUUUGCUUCAGGAUGAGAACAGAAAUCGUGCUCUGGCGGCGCGGCGGCAGCAGAAGGCCCCAUUAGCUAAAGUGGUACCUCAGCUUAAGAACAGUUUCAGGUUAAGAAUGGACCUCCAGAAUGAAUUAAGUUCUUAACCCGAGGUACCACUGUAGUUGUUUAUUUCUUUGACAUCUAAUGGGAGGGCAUUCCACAAGGCAGGCGCCACAACUGAGAAGGCCCUCUGCCUGGUUCCCUGUAACUUGACUUCUCACAAUGAGGGAACCGCCAGAAGAUACGUUAUGUUUAUGUAUGUGAAAAAUAUUGUUCUACAGAAUAUUUUCUUGUAGAAUCCUGAUGAAGAAAGGCAAGUUUCUCUCAGACAACCCUGCCACCUGGUGGUACAAGGUUACACAUUACCUAUGUCUAUUAGAGUUCUAAAAACAGGCUAUAGGGGAAAGCAUUCAUCCACUGCAGUUUGUUAGGCUUCGUUUUGUCCCAUGUUGUCCUCAGAACAUAUAUCAUUUUUCUCUUCUAGAUAAUGGCUGCUGUUACAUAUAACAGUGAACAAGUCAAUAAAAUGUGUUCUAAAGUAUGAACAAAUAGGAAUGGUACUUUGAGAUGUAGCCACAAGAUUGUGAAGCAAAUUGGUUGUAUAUGAAAAAUACCCUUCUUCUAAAAGAAAUCAGCAAGUUAUCAUAGGGAGAUGCCCUAUAGAAUCAUAGAGAUGGAAAGGACCACAAGGGUCCCUUUUUAAAUUAAACAAUAUUUAAAAAUAUAUAUAUUUACAUUUUUAGUGGUCCUUAUUUUUAACUGUAAACUGCCUUGAGUCCUGUCAGGAAAACAAGAACAACAUGAGGUAUAAAUAAAUAUAUAACAACAAUGUCAGGGAACUGCCACCUGCUCAGAGGUGAGAAAUAGAAGGAAAGCAGUUCCUCUUCCGAGGAGGAGGAAAGCCCCACCUCCAGUGGGGAAGAGGUGCUAGUGGGAGCCUUAACACCACUCCUGAGCAAGCCGGAGAGGAGGGAAGCACGCCCUUGCCAUCGCCCAUCCUGUGCAGUAGUCUGAAGAGCAGACAGGGGCGGAGACGGUUGGGGGUAACGAAACUUUUAUGUUGGGGGAGGUACAAAGAAAGACCACUCCUGAAUUCUGCUAGCGAUUGAGCCAGACAUGAACUUAUGACGCUCUUCACUGUAAAUAGUUUGCACCAAAAUAAAGCCUGUAAAAGACAGGCUGGAGUCCUGCCUGCUUACUCUUGAGCAACCGCAACAGCCAUCUGACAAACAACCUGACCACUCUUGUACAUGCAGUGGUAACCUCAAGACUUGAUUACUGCAACAUUCUCUAUGUGGGUCUGCCCUUGGGUGUGGUCUGGAGACUUCAGGUAAUGCAGAAUGCCAGGGCUAGACACAAGUAUUAAAAAAUCUGCACUAGCUUCCCAUCUGCUACCAGGCCAGAUUCAAAGUUCUUGUAUUAGUGCACAUGAAUAACGUAGGCCUGGAAUACCUUUAGGACUGCCUUAAGGCUGUACAUCCCAUUUUGCUCACUGAUAUUAACUGGAGGACCACUAAUAGUGGUUCCCUAUGGACCAGAAACAUGAUGAGAAGCUUUCCCUUCAGUGUUGCAGGUUCAACUCUGUGGCACUCCCUCUCAUAAGCCCCAUCCCUGCUGAAUUUCAGACACCUAGUUAAACCUAGUUUUAUUUCAGGAGGUAGUGAAAAGUGAGUUAUGCAUUAUAAAAAUAAAAUGAACUGUAUUUUCUCAAUGAAAAAUAAUAAUAUUAUUACUACGUUUAAAGGCUUUGUAGUUGGGUAAUCAUAUAAUGCUAUUUCCUUCCCUCCCUGUCUUUUCUUAGGAGAACUGAUUAACCUUGCUAUGUACUGUGAGAGAAUAAGGAGGAAAUUUUGGCCAGAAUGGCACCAUGAUGAUGACAACACUCUGUAUGAGUCAGAAGAAAGCAGUGAAGCAAGUAAGACUCAACCGUUGCAGGACUUCAGUUUUUACUCAAGGACAGAAACAUUUGACGAUGAGGGAACCGAGAAUAGUUUUUCGCGAACACCUGACACCGAUUACACGGGACAUUCCCUCUUCGAUUCUGAUGUGGACAUGGAUGACUACACAGAUCAUGAACAAUGCAAGUGA